AUGACACGAAAGAAUACCACUACCUCCAAGGUAACGAAACGGAGAGCCAAAAGAGUUAUUCCAGGAACAUCCAAAUUAAUGAUUAAUUCAAUUGACUGGCCUGGUUCCUCGAUAAUACUGCUUGAUGUAAAGGCAUCAAAUCCCCAAACAAUAAAUCAAGAUUACCAAAUUAAUAUGAAUUCGUUCAAAGAAGAUAAAGCAAUUAGUACAACUCAUUCAAUGGUUUUUACAUUAGAUAAUAAGAAUCAUCUCAAUAAUCGCCGUCAAGAUGUUCCAGGCACUUCAACUAUAAAGAUGGCAGAUAGGAAAACUGCAUAUAUAAAUGAGGACACACAACAUAUCAAAUAUCCCGAAAUGAUAGGGAAACGACUAUUUCAAAUGAAUAAAGACCCUAGUUCACAGACUCAGGAUAAGUCCCGAAAAUCGCUGAAUAAUAAACCCCAUGAUCAUACGGCACUACAUCGAACAGUACCAAUUAAUAAUUUCACAUCAACAGUGGGUUCAAAUCAAGAUGAAAGUGCAUCUGACAUGAAUGUUCGGCCGUUUACUAAUCAUAUGGCAGGUACAGCUUCCAAAUAUAAACUACGUGAUCUGUCAAAAACAGCCGCACCUCCAACACCUGGCACAUAUACUGUGUUUCAUAUCAAUCAAAAUUAUAUCCACGGUAAUACCGAUGGUUCAUAG